AAUGGAGCGCUGAACUGAGACUUCAACUCUCCUGGGUUGAUGCGUCUCCUCUUUCACCAGGCGCUUGGGAGUUUUAGAAAGACUUUGAGAUCUUGCUAAGUCAUGCUUUCGUCUCUUUGAACUUAUAUGACUUUUGUAAGUGGUGUUUUCGGAAUAUGCUGGAAGAAACGCUCUUCAAGUGACCAUCCGUCACCGAUUUGGACCUUGGAGCGUCCGUUUACUCCAUUCGCGUCUACAUGGGGAUUGAUGUCUGAUGGAGACACGUCCACCGAUGAUCCGGACAUACAGAGAUCUGGGGGCGAGAGGGGUCGUGACGUACCCACCUGAACUUCAACAACACACUUCAUCUGAUUUCAAUCCAAGUGCUUUGUAAACUCCAUGGAGCCGCUGAAGAACAUAUUCUCGCGCGGCCCGCUGUCCACCUGGAAGAGCCUGGAUCAGACUGAGAAGGGAAACUUCACCAACCCGGUUUGGACCGCCUUGUUCGACUACGAGGCCUCGGGGAAGGAUGAACUCACGCUGCGUAAAGGGGACCUGGUGGAGGUCCUGUCUCUGGAUUCUGAGAUAUCUGGAGACGAAGGUUGGUGGGCGGGAAAGGUCAACAACAAGGUGGGAAUCUUCCCCUCCAACUACGUCUCCUUCAAACCCAGCGGAUACGGUGAGCUGCAGGGCUCCGGUUUGGGACCGAGCGAGUUGGAGCCGGAGACGGUGGACUUCAACGAGCUGAGUCUGGAGGAGGUCAUCGGGGUGGGCGGGUUCGGGAAGGUCUAUCGAGGAACCUGGAAGGGCGAGUUGGUGGCGGUGAAAGCGGCCCGUCAGGACCCAGACGAGGACAUCAGCGUCACGGCCCAGAACGUCCAGAACGAAGCCAGGCUCUUCGCCAUGCUCAAGCACCCCAACAUCAUCGCGCUCAUAGGCGUUUGCCUGCAGGAGCCCAACCUGUGCCUGAUCAUGGAGUACGCUUCGGGCGGCCCGCUGAGCCGCGCUCUGGCCGGACAACGGAUCCCGCCGCAUGUUCUGGUGAACUGGGCGGUGCAGAUCGCCCGCGGGAUGCAGUACCUGCACAACGAGGCCAUCGUCCCCGUCAUCCACCGAGACCUCAAGUCCAACAACAUUCUGCUGGCGGAGCCUGUGGAGAAGGACAGCAUUGAGGGCAAAACCCUGAAGAUCACAGAUUUCGGUCUGGCGCGCGAGUGGCACAAGACGACGAAGAUGAGCACGGCGGGAACCUACGCCUGGAUGGCACCGGAGGUCAUCAAAUCAUCCACCUUCUCCAAGGGCAGCGACAUCUGGAGUUAUGGUGUGUUAUUAUGGGAGCUGCUGACCGGAGAGGCUCCUUACAGAGGGAUCGAUGGUCUGGCUGUGGCUUACGGAGUCGCUGUGAACAAACUGACCCUUCCCAUCCCCUCCACCUGCCCCGAGCCCUUCACCCAGCUCAUGUCCGAGUGCUGGGAUCAGGAUCCGCACCGGCGGCCCAGUUUCUCCUCCAUCCUGCAGCAGCUGACGGCUCUGGAGGAGCAGGUGAUGGACGAGAUGCCGCAGGACUCCUUCCAUUCGCUCCAGGAGGACUGGAAACUCGAGAUCCAGGACAUGUUUGAUGAGCUGCGAGCCAAAGAGAAGGAGCUGCGGUGUCGCGAGGAGGAGCUGAAGCGCGCGGCGCUGGAGCAGAAGUCUCACGAGGAGUUCCUGCGUCAGCGCGAGCAGCAGUUAGCGCAGUGGGAGCAAGACGUGUUCGAGCGUGAGCUAUCGCUGCUCAUCCUACACCUCAACCAGAACCAGAAACCCAACGUCAAGAAGCGCAAGGGAACCUUCAAGAAGCACAAGCUGAAGGUGAAGAACGGAGAGAAGAUCAGCAUGCCGCAGGAUUUUAUCCAUAAGAUCACGGUCCAGGCGUCUCCGUGUUUGGAGAAGAGGCGUAACUCUCCGGAUCUGGGCUCGCCGUCCAUCGGUCCGCGCUUCCGAGCGAUACAGCUGAGUCCCAGUGAGAGUAAGUGGAGCUCUGUUUGGCCGCUGGAGUCUCUUCCUCUCAAGCAGACCAACGGCGAGAGGAGAUUCGCUCCUCAUCUGAGCCCCAAAAGCCCCAAGAGUCCAAAGAUCCUCCGUCUGAGUGCGCAGGAGAACAGUCUGUCGAUGAGAGCCAAGCUCCUGGAGGUGGACAGUAACGAGAACGAGGACUCCAAAGCCGAUUUUGAUGAGUACAGACCAAUCACACCAGAGUCCAGCCACAACGAGGGCUCAGAGAGUGAGGAAGGUGGCUUGUCCCCGUGCAGUUCUCCCAAACCGGAUCACUCCGGGCCGGUCUGUCUGGGAAAGAGCACACACCACGCUCUGCUCGGCAGCGCCGCCCUGCUGGCGUCCGUGGCUCUGGGUCGCUGUCUGGAGCCGCAGCACCCGCCCACACCGCCUCCACGGGCCUCGUCACGGACACACCUGCCCACGCUGGAGCCGGAGCGGGAGGUGGGAGAUCUGAUCACAUUCAGCACGGACUCACUGCCGCGAGGCUUUCUGGACUUGCUGAAGCCUCCGGAGAUCAAGCCGCUGCUGCUCACGCCGCCGCCACCCAACCCGCGGGACAGAGAGCGGCCGGGGCGCAGGACGGCUUCGGACUGGAGCGCACACGCCAACGGAGACGCCGAGGUGCCGCAGCAGAGCGGAGAGCGCAGGAGGAGGUCCAGCUACGGACUGAACUCAUCACAGCUCAUGUUGGAUCUUCCGCUGUGUCAGGACACGUUUGAGGCCGAGGACAAGUCUCUGCUGCCGUUCGCCCUGUAUCCACACCCCCGAUUGUGGAGCCCUAAAACGCGGCGUCUGGAGGUCAACAUCGUCCCUCGGCCGCGACCGUCCCCUAACCGGCCCCGCAUCGACCCGUGGAGCUUCGUAUCGGCCGGUGUGACGGACAGACCGGGUGCCAAGAAAGCCGUCAGCAGUCCCACGAGCCCUCGACUGGGGUACCAGCCCUCGCCAACAAACCCCUUCACAAACUGUGACCUCUUCCCUUCCCCGGACUGCGAUCCCUUUAAUCUGAAGGUCGACCCUUCCAUGAACUCGGACCACGUCUCGACCUUUGACCCCUUCUCGGCCCCCUUCCCCAUCUCGCGCUCGGCGCCCUGCUCCACCAACGGCAGUCCCAAUCUGUCGCUCAGGGUGGCGCCGCUGAACCCGGCCGACUCUCCGCUGAUAGACCUGGGCUGGAUGGGCGGCACCAAAGAGAGGGUCCAUCCUCACCGGAGCCUCGGCCUCAGUCCGUUCAGAUCACCAGCUCCGCUCAGAGACGACAGGUUCUGAACACUGUCCCGCAAACGAGGGUCCAUGCCAAUUCUAGGAAACAAAACCAAUACUGCUGAUGUGUUGAAGGGUUCUGAAUGCUCAUUCAGUGGCGUGACUCCUGUCGGGAGUCACAAAACCUCAGUGUCUUCCUCUCUUGAUUGGUUGGUCUUCCUGUCUUUCAGCACUGUCUCAGGGUCUUAACGGCCUCUAGUUGCGCUUAAGUAGAUCCGCACUCGUUGCAUCGCUUUAUCUGGUCUCAAAUGUGAUGUAGUUAUUGUCAUAUGAUUUCAAAAUGAUUCCUUGUUUCAGCCCACAUUCGUCUCUGAAGGCGACAAAAGUUGCAUUUCAUAAUCCAUGUCACGCGUCCCUGAAUGAGUCGAGAAACGUUCUGCUGACCUCGCUGGUGGUGUUCGAGUUGAGUCAGAGAGUAUGGGGAUGUAUCAGCUGACAGAAGUAGAAAUACAGAUCAGCCUGAGAUUGAAAUCACAAAAUAAUUUUUUUUAGAUACCAUCGUGUUGGCUCGCCAAAUGUUGGACUAAAGAGCGUCAGGUAGAGUUUUAGUCCAAAGCAAUACGUAAACCUCAAAUCACUUUCAUCAUCAGUAGUUUUGUCUGGUUUUCCAGUAAAAUAAUAUUUAAAUAGUCUUGAAUUCAGAUGCAUUGAGAGGAAAUCCAUUUUAUAUUUCUCAAACUUCACUAAAUUUUGUUAAUGGCUAAAACAUUUUGGCAUUGAGACGAGACUUGUGUUUUUCAGUGUAGGUGCUUUUGACAAAAGUUCAUCCAGUUGAUUUUAGGUUGGAUUUCCAGUACAUAAUAUCUAAAUAUUCAAAAGCCAAAAUACAUUUACUAGAGAUGCAAACUGAAAAGUCUUGUUUUCCGAUGAAAAUGAUGAAAAUGAGUUUUUAAAGCAAGAAAGAAAUUUGUUCAUGGUGUAAGAAAACUGAACUUAAUUCAAAGGGGAAACAAGUUUAUAUUUCUUCCUCCAAAUUUUCUAUCUUGUUUUAAGCAGCAAAUUCAAUUCAUAUCGAUCAUUUUUAUCGGAAAACAAGAUCUCGGAAGAUAUCAGAAAACAAGACUUGACGGUGAAACUCUUUCUGCAUAUGGAAGCUCAUUUCCGCCACGGAAUAAAAAGGUCAUUGGAACAAUCUCAUAAUGAAUGUCUCGCAAUUCUGAGGUUAUAUCUGAGUUAAAGUCUCAACUGUGAGUUCUAAACGUAGAAUUGUCAGAAAAAAGACAAAAAAAUUGCAGGAUAAAAAGUUG